AUGACAUCAUGGCUGGCCAAUCAGAGUCGUACAAUUGACGUCACUGCACAGCGUACACCCAACACCCCCAGACCCCCGCCCCCAGACCCCCCGCCCCCAGACCCCCGCCCACAGACCCCCGCCCCCAGACCCCCGCCCACAGACCCCCGCCCACAGACCCCCGCCCACAGACCCCCGCCCACAGACCCACGCCUCCAGAUCCCCGCCUCCAGACCCACGCCCCAAGAAGUGAAAUUCCUCGAGAGAAAACCUCCGCCAAAUGCCAGGGAUGGCUCGGGACUCGCCGCUGUGAAUCGCUCAUGUGGUUGUAUACCCACGCCUGAGCGUUCCCACGCUGGCUUACCCACCCCCGGAGGUGUCCCACGCUGGCUUACCCACCCCCGGAGGUGUCCCACGCUGGCUUACCCACCCCCGGAGGUGUCCCACGCUGGCUUACCCACCCCCGGAGGUGUCCCACGCUGGCUUACCCACCCCCGGAGGUGUCCCACGCUGGCUUACCCACCCCCGGAGGUGUCCCACGCUGGCUUACCCACCCCCGGAGGUGUCCCACGCUGGCUUACCCACACUGGAUCAGACCUACGCUAUUGA